AGCGAACCAAAUGCGACUUGGACCCAAAGUCGCAUGUUCAAAUGUUGAUUAAUUGCAUUGCUAGCUAGCUAGCUAGCUACCUACCUACCUACCUACCUAACUAAACAAACAAACAUACAUACAAUAUUUUACAAUUCUCCACGAUGGCGGAUGUGAAAGUAAAGAAAGAAUCUUCAGAUCCCGUAGACAUUGAAAACAGGAUAAAGGCACUCUGUCAACAGUUCCCUCAUGGAAUAACAGACCAGGUGAUCCAGAAUGACAUGCCUCAUUUGGAGGCUCAACAGAGAGCCAUGGCCAUCAACAGACUACUGUCAUUGGGUCAGUUGGACCUUCUACGAAACAGCUCAGGACUUCUAUACCGCAUGAAGGAUGCCCAGACAGCAAGCAAAAUGAAAGGCUCCGACAAUCAAGAGAAGCUGGUGUAUCAGGUCAUUGAGGAUGCAGGAAACAAAGGGAUCUGGAGCAGGGACAUUAGAUAUAAGAGCAACCUUCCUCUGACAGAGAUCAACAAGAUCCUCAAGAACCUAGAGAGCAAAAAGCUAAUCAAGGCUGUGAAAUCAGUGGCUGCGUCAAAAAAGAAGGUUUACAUGCUAUACAACCUGCAGCCAGACCGCUCGGUGACUGGGGGAGCCUGGUACAGUGACCAGGACUUUGAGUCUGAGUUUGUGGAGGUUCUCAAUCAGCAGUGUUUCAAAUUCCUUCAGAGUAAGGCCGAGGUGGCGAGGGACAGCAAGCAGAACCCCAUGGUGCAAAGAAACAGUUCCUUUGCCACCUCUCACGAAGUGUGGAAGUAUAUUUGUGAACUCGGUAUCAGCAAGGUGGACCUGUCUAUGGAAGACAUUGAGACUAUUCUGAACACACUCAUCUACGACGGCAAGGUGGAGAUGACCAUCAUCGCGGCCAAGGAGGGCACUGUGGGCAGUGUGGACGGCCAGAUGAAGCUGUACAGAGGGGUCAACCCCAUCAUCCAGCCCACGGGCCUGGUCAAAGCGCCCUGUGGCCUCUGUCCGGUGUUUGAUGAUUGUCAUGAAGGAGGCGAGAUAUCCCCCUCUAACUGUGUGUAUAUGGCAGAGUGGCUGGACUUUUGAUCAGUGACUUGGCAUGUUUAGUUUUUUUUUUCCCUCUGGAAAAGUUUCAUGUAUACUUUUUUUUUUCUAGCAACCUUUGAUGCAUCUGAAGAUAUUUUUAUUUAUACAGGGCUUAAUAAAUAUUUUAAGACUGA